GAGGGGACGGAGCUGCACCAUGAGGCUGCUGCGCGCCCUUCUGCGCGGCGCUGCCGCGGGCAACAUCCCGCAGCAGGUGGACUUCUACUCACGCUUCUCGCCCUCGCCGCUCUCCAUGAAGCAAUUUCUGGACUUCGGUUUGACUGUCAGCUUGGAAACAAAAUGAUCACCGGAAUUGUUCUAUUAUGCUUCAAAGCAAAGACCACAUAGAGGAGAGUUGUGAUCUGAAAAUGCUUGUGAAAAGACUUCAUUUAUGUUUCUGCGCCAAGAGCUGCCUGUGAGAUUGGCAAACAUAAUGAAGGAAAUAAGCUUGCUUCCAGACAACCUCCUAAGAACACCUUCAGUUCAGCUGGUGCAGAGCUGGUACGUCCAAAGUCUUCAGGAGAUUCUUGACUUUAAGGACAAAAGUGCAGAAGAUUCAGGGGCUAUUCACAGUUUUACAGAUACCGUGAUAAAAAUCCGGAAUCGCCACAAUGAUGUAAUUCCUACGAUGGCUCAAGGAGUAAUAGAAUACAAGGAAAGCUUUGGCAUUGAUCCAGUGACCUCUCAGAACGUGCAGUAUUUUUUAGACCGCUUCUACAUGAGCCGCAUUUCAAUCAGAAUGCUCCUUAAUCAACACUCUUUACUGUUUGGUGGGAAAAUUAAUCCAGCUCAUCCAAAACAUAUUGGAAGCAUCGAUCCUAACUGCAAUGUUGUUGAAGUUAUUAAAGAUGGCUAUGAAAAUGCCAAGACACUUUGUGAUUUAUAUUACAUGAGCUCUCCAGAACUUAUCCUUGAAGAGUUGAAUUCUAAAUCACCAGGACAGCCUAUGCAAGUGGUGUAUGUGCCAUCACAUCUCUAUCACAUGGUUUUUGAACUUUUCAAGAAUGCAAUGAGAGCCACCAUGGAACAUCAUGCUGAUCGAUGCAUUUAUCCUGCAAUUCAUGUACACAUCACGUUGGGAAAUGAGGAUUUAACUGUGAAGAUGAGUGACCGUGGUGGUGGUGUUCCUAUGAGGAAAAUUGACAGACUGUUCAACUAUAUGUAUUCAACAGCACCACGUCCUCGUGUUGAGACAUCACGAGCUACACCUUUGGCUGGAUUUGGUUAUGGCUUACCCAUAUCACGUCUGUAUGCACAGUACUUCCAAGGAGACCUGAAACUGUAUUCCUUAGAAGGCUAUGGUACAGAUGCAGUUAUUUACAUCAAGGCCUUAUCAACAGAAUCAAUUGAAAGACUCCCUGUAUACAACAAAGCAGCCUGGAAACAUUAUAAAGCAAACCAUGAAGCCGAUGAUUGGUGUGUGCCAAGCAGUGAGCCCAAGGACAUGACCACUUUCCGGAGUAUGUAGCUUUUUCUUCAGCAGCUCCUAAGUAGGCUCGUCUGUAAAUGGAAUUUAGAAGACCUGAUUUAUGAUCUUGAGCCACUUCUGAUAUGUGAAAGUAAUUUUAAAUUUGAGCGUAAUGAGGCUUUUCUGAAAUUAAAAAACCAACAGCCACCAAAAGCUCCAAACAUGCACCUAUAAAAACGGUCAUACUUCAUUUGUUUCACUUUCUAUUUAUGACUGCUUUCAGAACUAAGUCAAAGGAACAAUAUUUUGGUUUUUAUAGCUGUUGCAUUGAUCCCUAUCAUAUCUGGUAUUAAUUUGUAUUGUUAAAAAUAAUUUUAUUAGAAAAACUAUUAAAAAAGCCAAUUGGAAAAACAAUUAAAAAAGCCCAUAUUCUAUUAUACAAUUCUACAGAUUAAUGAAAAACUUGUGUAAGAAAUAUUGAGCUCAUUGCUAUACCUUUGCAACUGUAUGGCACUUUCUUUUAUCUUAAGCAUGCUGAAGCUUAAUUUUGCAAAGUUAGAUAUGUUGCCUGCAUACACUGCCUACAUCAAGGUGGUGUUUUCAGCUAUAGGAAUCACACCUCUGUAGGGAUAAAAAUUUUUAAAAAACAUUUUUAACUGCUACUACUGGUCUAAUGUAUCUCAGGUAUGUGGCAUCAGUUCUAUUUCUUUGGUUGUAAUGUGAAUAUAUAAGAGAUGUGAAAAAACUUACCUUGCCCUGAUCAUUGUGAAUUAAAAACCAGCAUUGGCUUGUGUACAGUAGAGAAAUGUUAGUCUUGCAUUUGCCUGUAUUUCUAUAGGUCAUACCAAAACGCAGUAUCAACAUUCUAGCCUUUGCAAGAUCUCAGACUUGGGUAUGUCAGAUACAGCUGUAAAUGAAACUAUUUUAAUAAACAGAUUCUUAAAAUUUGUCUGUAA